CAGUGUUCUUGCCAAAACAGAUGACUCUGUCGCCCCCUUUGCAACAUCAACGUUUCCUACCAACUGAGGCUGACAACUGAUGAUACGUCUGUUGUCAAAUUAACUGCAACGGAUCGGCAGCCCAUUACAGGAAAAUGAUUCCAGAGUUGUCCAACCCCUCAGUGUGUAUGAAGGACCCCCAGAAGGUGCAGGAGAUCCUACAGUCCAUGGUGAAGGCUGGCUCCAACACCGUGCAGGUGAUCUCAGAUUUCGACAUGACCCUCACAAGAUUUGCAUACAAUGGCAAAAGGUGCCCUACCUGUCACAAUAUCCUUGAUAACAGCAAACUCAUUUCCACUGACUGCAGAGAACAGCUGAAGCAGCUGCUCAACACAUACUACCCCAUAGAGAUCGACUCUUCACGGCCAGUAGAAGAAAAGCUGCCCCUCAUGGUGGAGUGGUGGACUAAAGCUCAUGACCUACUUGUAGAGCAGAAGAUUAAGAAAGACCUGCUGGCUACGGUGGUGCGGGAGUCUGAUGCCAUGCUGAGGGAUGGCUACCAACUCUUGUUUGACCACCUGCAUGAGCACAGCAUCCCUCUGCUCAUCUUCUCUGCUGGAAUAGGAGACAUCCUAGAAGAGGUUAUUCGCCAGGCCGGAGUCUUCCACCCCAACGUUAAAGUCUUCUCCAACUAUAUGGACUUUGAUGAGUCUGGAGUGUUGAGGGCUUUCAAAGGAGAGCUGAUCCACAUCUACAAUAAAAGGGAAGGUGCACUGCUCAACACUGGCCAUUUCCAAGAGCUGCGGACGCGGCCUAACGUGCUGCUGCUGGGAGACUCUCUGGGUGACCUGACCAUGGCUGAUGGGGUGCAGGACAUGGAAAACAUCCUCAAGAUUGGGUUCCUCAAUGACAAGGUGGAAGAGAGGAAGCAGUCUUACUUGGACUCCUACGACAUUGUGUUGAUAAAAGAUGAAACCUUGGAUGUCCCUAACGCUGUACUGCUCUAUCUUACUGGCAAUAAGUGAACUAAGAAUCGAGAACAUCGCUGGCCAUUUGGUAUUGAACACUCAGGUGCCAUCAGCUGAGAAGGUCCCUGCUCAAAAAGUGCCAGUUAAAGACUGAAGAACAACCCACUAUGAAUGUUUUAUGAUUCUUUUUUAUUUUACAAAACUAUUCACAAGUCCAGCUGACAGCCACAGCUCACGUACACUAUGUCACUCUUUUAUAUUUUUGUCCAUUAGUCUUCCUCUCAUGGUUAUGAUUAAACUGCUUUUGGGACAUGCUGUAUGUGAUGGAAGCCAGAUUUACACCGUUUAUUUACUGUGCAACAUGUUAAGAGUGUGUGUGAUUAAUUUUAAUUAAGUUUUUUUUGUUCGUUUGUUUGCUUGUCUGGGAGAAGAUUGGUCUUGUCAGACAGUUUUGGUCUCAUAUACUGUAGGAUGUAAGGAUAAAGGGAAAGAAAAACGCACAACAUAAAUGGCAGCACUUGACUCUGCAUUUGGUUUUACACCGAAAUUCAUCCUAUUACACUAAAGCUCAUUUCCAGCAAAUUUAAACCUGAAAUCUGAUGCUUUUAAAAAUGUUUUUUUUACAAUGUCAAGUCUUCCAGUUUCAAGCCGCAUUGUCAAGCAUAUGGUACAAGCUGUAUUUUUUAGGAAAGCUAUUGUUUUUCUUGUGUCACACCAGUGCUACUAAGUGGUUAACUAUGACUACUACACCAGACUUUAAGAGUAAAAUAAAUGGGUGAAAAAGUAUGGCAGAAGUCAAACAAUUUUUAACCACUAACUGCUACCUCAGAGGUGUUUCAGUAUCACAGACAGUCUAACACAGGAUUUUAAGAAUUUUGUAUUUUACAUUAUUUCACAUUCGGUUAUUUUAACUAUGGUUUUGAGGAAAUCUUUUACUUUCUGCACUGCAGCUUUUGUUCAAAACAAACUUUUCAUGAAGCUCCAGGUUAACACCAUACAGAAAAUAUUUUUUUGUGGACAAUAUGCCAAUUACUUAUUCAUGCAUUUUUUUGUCAUCUUUUGUCCAAACUCAUUACCUCUUUAUAUGUUCCAACUUGUCUGAAAUAAAAUGUGUUUCAAUCUGUGUCA